GGACGCUGGCUGCUCGCUCCCCGCCCCUGCGCGCAUGAGCUCGCUCCGCUCCGGCUGCUUCCCGGGAGCCCCGCUCGCUCCCCCGAAAGCGACAAACCGCCGGAGCCGGGGACUCGCUGCUGCCCCCCGGCCCGGAGACAUGGGAGCGCCCCGCUGCUGGGCGCGGCGGGCUGCGCUCUGCUGCGCGCUGCUCUGCGCGCCCUGGCUGCCUCUCGGCUGGGCAGGAGAGUGCAAACAGCUGGAGCCCUGUGAGAGGUGCAUUGAAGGAGACGCUUCCCGGAACAUCACCGGCUGUGUGUGGAUGCGCUGCGGAGCCGCGGAGGAGCCAGGGCCCGGGAGCUGCAUUGGGAAGGGAGACGCCACCAAGGAGACAUGCUCCAUCUACAAUGUCACUGCUGUGUGUCCAGCGCGGAGAUCGCCCACCAAGGAGCCUCUGCGAGCGUCCACCAAGGCGCCUGAGAUCCUCACCCCAGGGACGACGGCCGGCCCCCCGUUGACAGCCACCCCUGAGUUCCGCCCGCCUGGCUUCGACUCGGCCAGCUUCGUGGGGGGGAUCGUCCUCGUGCUGAGCGUCCAGGCCGUCUUCUACUUCAUCGUCAAGUUCCUCAAGUCCAAGGACAGCACCUACCAGACGCUGAUCUGACGGCUGCUGCCCGGGGCGGGGCGGUGAAGUGGUUUCCUGUGGGAGGAGGAAUGGAAGACGAGGCGGCCAGUGCUCCGGCUGCCCUGCUUGCUCUCGGCCGUGCCCCUCUCCCUCCUCGCCGGGGCAGGGGAUCUGGGCGCCGCGGAGCUAUGCAAAGCGCUGCCAGGCUGGGUCUUCCGGGCUUGGAGCCGCGUUGUGCCCGGUAGACGCGCCACGGGGAGGGUUGGCCCCAGGGCCAUGCACACGCCACCCACGGCUCAGGCCCGUCCCCAGCAAGACCUAAUGUCGCUGCCUUGUUUGGGAAGCUCAGGGUGCCCUCCUGGCCCUGCUCUCUCUGGAUGGACAGACCUCCCCCCACCCCCCAGGGGUGACAGGCUCAACCCACCUUCGUCCGACCCGCCACGGCGCAGCUCUGCCUCCCUGUAGCUCUGUUCCUUUCGCUCUCCCCCCGGGGGGCGCUGGUGAGCUCCCAUUUCCUGCUGUAAUUCCAGUGGGUGGAGGUGAGGGGGUUGAAGCUGGGUCAGCUGCUUGCCUGGGGUCAGCAAUUCACUUGGCCUUCACCUUCUGUCUCCUGGGGGAACGUUUCCCCCACACACACACAUGCCCUGAGCUCUCUGCCCCACCCUGGCCUGUAACUUCCCACCAGCCUUCAUCUUUGUAACCCCUGCUCAGUGGGGCGGACACAAGGGCUUUCCCAGGCUAUGGGAGCAGCAGAGGUCUCCCCUAGGCGCAGGGGAGCUUCCUCGUGCUGUUCCUUCCAGAGAUCUCAAGGGACUCACGGCUGGUUUCCUCUUUAAAGGUGGCCUAAGGGCCCCCGCCCCCGGAGGCUCCCCAGUUAAUUUCUCUGGUGCCUGCCAGCUGGCUUCUCCCCUCCCCGGGCCUGAUGUGCUCUUAGAGGGGGCUGGGUGUGUUAUUCCCUAGGCUGGCUCCAUUUCCCUGGGGCUGGUGAGACGCUGGGCUCCGACCCCCGG